GGUUCCUCUGCCCUGGCUCAUGGAAACGCUUCCUAGCAGUAGAAUUGUGGAGUCUUGAGCACCAGCCAGGCACCCUUGGCCUGGGGAUUUCAGAGUGAUUACUCAUGGGCAAGGUGUUUGCGUUCCUGAGGGAAAAUUACCAGUCCAUCCUGGCUGCGUCUCAGCAUUGCCCAGGAGAACUCGAUGAGACGAGAGAAGACAGCAAGAUGAAGAGGAAGAAGAGGGUGCAGCUAAGAGAGCAUCUUAGUGCCUGGGACCACCCUCACGGUCAGGAGAGCCUCGCUUCCCUCGUUCUCACUGUGCAGCAACACUUAGCAAUUACUCACGGCCCAGUUGGUUUACACAACAUUGGACAGACCUGCUGUCUUAACGCCCUGAUUCAGGUAUUCAUUAUGAACGUGGAGUUCACGAAGAUAUUGAAGAGAAUAUCAGUGCCAAAGGAAGCAGAAGAACAAAAGAGAAGUGUCCCGUUCCAGCUGCUUUUACUGCUGGAGAAGAUGCAGGACAGCCGGCAGAAGGCGGUGCGGCCCACGGAGCUGGCCUGCUGCCUCCAGAAGCACAACGUGCCACUGUUUGUCCAGCACGAUGCUGCUCAGCUCUACCUCACGUUCUGGAACCUUCUUAAGGAUCAAAUAGAUGAUGUGGACUUGGUAGAGAGGCUGCAGGCCCUGUACACGAUCCGGGUGAAGGAGUCCCUGGUUUGCCUCCUCUGUACCAGAGAGAGUAGUAGGAACAGCAGUAUGCUGACCCUCUCCCUCUCUCUCUAUGACGUGGACUCCAAGCCUCUGAAAACACUGGUGAGAGACGGGGAGGAGGCCCUGCGCUGUUUUUUCCACCCCAGGGAGUUAGCCAGCAAGAGCAGGUGGUUCUGCGAGGCCUGCGGGACGAAGACGCGUGGAAGCCAGGUCUUGAGGAUGACACAUCUGCCCCAAACCCUGACCCUUCACCUGAUGCGAUUCUCCAUUCGGAACUCACAGACGGAGAAAGUCUGCCAUUCGCUGCACUUCCCUCAGCGCUUGGAUCUCAGUCAGGUUCUUCUGGCUGAGCAUCAAGACUUCACUGAGGACACAGAGCAGCGUGAAGCACAGUAUGAACUCUUCGCUGUGAUAGCCCACGCAGGGGUGGCAGACUUCGGUCAUUACUGUACCUACAUCCGGAAUCCAGCGGAUGGAAAAUGGCUCUGCUUCAAUGACUCCAAUGUUUGUUGGGUGUCCUGGGAAGAUGUCCAGUGUACCUACGGAAAUCAUCACUACCGCUGGCAGGAAACCGCAUAUCUUCUGGUUUACAUGAAGAUUAGAGGUUAAUGGAUAUACUUUAAACCUUCAGAGACUGACAAAUUCAUUUCUUUUCCUGUCAUUGGAUCUGCUGAGUCUUCUAGGAGAUUCUACAAUGAGGAAAAACAUAAAAACUGUAAUAAUUUAAAUCUUAAGUUAUAACCAUGAAUGGUUACUGGUGUGGUUUGGAUGUGGUUUGUCUCCAAAGGUCCUGUGUCAGAGGCCUGGUCCCUUGUCUAGCAAUGUUGUGGGGCAGAAUCUUUGGAGAGAUGAGGCUUGUGCAGGGCAUCUGUG